AUGGGGAAGGUGUUCAAGACGUACUUGUCGGGAAGCGUCGUGUAUACGUGCUCCAGAUGCAACUCCCACCUCGCCCGAGCCGACGAAAUAGUGUCCAAGGCUUUUCAGGGACGACACGGCCAGGCGUACCUCUUCAGUUCUGUCGUGAACGUGAGUACAGGCCCGCGUGAAGACCGAAUACUGCUGACCGGCCUCCACACGGUGGCCGACAUCUCUUGCAAUGACUGCCACAGCGUCGUUGGGUGGAAGUACGAGGAGGCUGUGGAGGAGAGCCAGCAGUACAAGGUGGGCAAGUACAUCCUCGAAAAGACCAAGCUCGCCAAGAAGACAGACCUGCAGUAG